AUGUGGCCGCAACGAACCACGGGCGACGCCCACCCCGACACCCUCAAACUCGCCGAAGACGUCGCCGACAUGGGAAUAUCCGGCUCGGGCCCCGAACCGCCGCGGGGCAGACCAACCCUCCAGAGAAACCAACAGCCCGCCCCGCCACCAGCUCCAAACACCUCGCAACUCAUCCUACAACCGCUGCAACACCAACCACAACAGCAGCAGCAGCAGCAAAACAUGACGGUCCAACAAGCGACGGACUCCCUCUCGCUCAUGCAACUCCGCCGCAUCGUCGUCGACAUCCGACAAGCCGACCCCGUCGCCUACGACUUCACCUACGCCGAUACCGCGCCCCACGGCGAGGAGAUCGACGAGUGGUUCGUGUACAUGGUGUGGCAGUGGAUACGCCUCAACGGUAUACAAAAGACCUUCGAGUGGCAGUGGCAGGAGGAGUUUGGCGCCUCGUGGGAUGACGUGGAUGAGGCUCAGAGGAGGAGGUUCGUCGCCGAGGCCGUGAUCGGGUUGGGCGUUGCCGAAGACGUGUCGGAGAGGUUGCCGCAUAUUAGCAAGAUUGCAUAUGUGGUGUUGGGAAGGUGGGGGGAUACGGCCGUUUCGAGGGUGGGCGAUGAGAAGAAGAGGUGUGUGGCGAGCGAGUCGCAGUUGGGUGCUAUCACGGAGGGAGUGAAGUUGGUUGGGGAACUGGGAGGUUUUGAGGGCGUUUGGAAAGCGUUGAGGAAACGUUUCGAGCUGUUUUGGGAUGACACUCAGACUCUGGGACAGACUGAGCUGCAGAUGGCCCAAGAGGAGUUGUCGAACCUGAUGACGAUUCUUUAUAUUGGUAUCCAGUCAGCACUCAAUGACCCUGAUAAGUUGGCUGAUGCUAGGGAGAGGCUUGUCAGGCUGAAUCCCAGUCUCCCUAACUUCAUGCUGCUUGCCACAUCCAAGCUUCGUUGGGAUGACGGAGCUUACCUGCCCCAAUCUCAGAUGUUCUUACUUCUCUGGAAGUCUAUUCUGCUUGUCUUUGGUGGCACCAAAGAACUCAUCACAGCAAAGAAAGAAACCCGCGAAACACCUGAAGACGGAAAGGAGAAAAAUAUCAUCACCGCCUCACCCCUGGACUACCAUGCGUUCCGACAGGAAAUCACAUCCAAAUACCCCGCCUACAUCCCCCCUCCCUCACUGAUACCCCUCGAAGCUGACAAUACCUCCUUACUCCCCCCCUUGCCCAACCAGCCCUCCAAGAGUGGUGUCAAUGGCGGCAUCCUCCAGCACCCAUCGAGUUCGCAGAGUAGCGGCGCCUCGAUUCUCCAUCAGCCCGUCCACAUUGCAACUCCGGUCCCUUCCCCUCCACCAUCUCCCGCGGCCGGUGGUAAAGGCGGAAAGAAGCAAAAUUACCAGACGAACCAAAACUUCCCGUUCCUGUACCCGCCCCUCGACGCCACGAGUAACACUGCUGGCGGAAAGGGCCAGGCGGGAAUGCAGAGCCAGCUCAUCAACAGAAAAUGGGAAGGCAGCGAUAUCCCGGCGUCUAUCCUCGAGGCCGGCGACAUCUUCUCCAAGAGGGUGAGGAUGACGAGGGCGGCGCGACAGCUUUGGGAAGAGCGUGAAGCCUUUAUCAAGUUCGACCGUGGCUGGGACCCCGCUGUGAGUGCUGAUGAUGAUGACGAUGAGGACGAUAUCGAGGAGCUCUUCCUUGAUGAGUUGAACGAGGAGGAGAGGAAGGAGAUUGAGGCCAUGAGGAAGGGUUACAAGGAGAAGCCUCCGCCGCCGACGAAUCUAGUGGACUUUGGUCCCGGGGGAGAGGGGGUGAGUGAAGAGGUGAAGCGGCAGCUCAGGGCUGUGGAGGAUUUAUACCGGGAGAGUCUCCCCCACCUCCAGUCUCUCGUAAUCGUCCUUUUGAAGGCCAUCCUUGUAAAUAUCACUGCCGUCAUAGUACAGGGCCCGGCGAGUCAGCAGCACCCGGGCAUGGCGAACCGGCCUCCUCCCAACGGAAACGUCAACGGCGGACCCGCUACCGGCCGACCCGGUGGUGAAGGGACCAAUGGAGGAUCGAACGGGUCGCCGGUGCCGGAGCCGCCGUCCAUUGAAGAGAUUGAUGGCGCGAGGACGCGAGAGAUUACGGCUAAGGCCGCGACUGGAAUUCUACUCUUGAUUCUGAAGUGGUUUAAAGUUUCACAUAUACUCAAGUUCGAAUAUCUUGGACAGCUGUUGCUGGAUUCUAAUUAUAUCCCUCUUGUGCUGAAGCUCUUUGCGCACCAAGAUAUUCAGCAGGUGGUGGACAGCAAGACGGAUCGUACUGAGCACAGCUUCUUCCGAUUCUGCAAUCUACGAUCCAGGAUGAAGGAGCAGCCCGGGUCGCCGCCCCCAGCUCCCGAGCCAGCCCUAGCCCCAGCCUUGGAGGAGGAAGACGAGAGCGAAGACGAGGCCUGCCCUCCUCCCAUCAAGCGACGUCGAUCGCCACCUCCCCCGGCUCCCCAGGUCUCACCGGCCCUCCAACCGGCCCCGACGGACCUCAACGGCCCCGGCCGACCCCCCGAGGUCGACGAGCUCGGCUACCCCAUCAACGACCUCCCUAAAGAACCCAUCACGGACUUCUCCUGGCGCAACUUCUUCACCCACAUCAACUACCUCCGCAUCAUGCAAAAAGUCUGCAAAUCCAAAGCCCACCGCAACCUCCUCCUCGUCUCCUACAAAUCCUCCAACAUCCUCCGCAAAUCCCUGAAAGUCCCGCAACCCGACCUGCGCCUGUACACCCUCAAGCUCUUCAAGAACCAGGUCCCCUACUGCGGCCGCAAGUGGCGCCAGAGCAACAUGCGCGUCAUCACCGCCGUGUACCUGCACUGCCGCCCGGAGCUGCGCGACGAGUGGCUCGCGGGCAGCGACGUCGACGCCGAGGUCGAUUCGGCCGUUCCCUUGGAGCAGGCGCUCAGGGGACUGACGCACUGGUUUAAUGUGAGGAGGUAUCCUGAGGGGGUGGCGCCCGGGGUGAGGAGCGCUGUUAGGGAGGAGCAGGAUUUUUUCGCGAGAGAGGUGGAGAGGUUGGAGGUCGGGUGGGGGGAGGAGGAGGGGGGUGAGUGGGAGCAUGAGGGGAUGGUGAUGGGGUACUAA